CAAGCAAGGAUUUGGCACAGACAUCCUAUUUCAUGGCUACCAACAGUCUUCACCUUACUACAUUCUGUCUUCAGUACAAGCCUACAGUGAUAGCUUGUGUGUGCAUUCACUUGGCCUGCAAGUGGUCCAACUGGGAGAUUCCAGUGUCAACUGAUGGAAAACACUGGUGGGAAUAUGUAGAUCCUUCAGUUACUCUAGAAUUACUAGAUGAGCUAACUCAUGAGUUUCUGCAAAUACUGGAGAAAACGCCUAGUAGGCUCAAGAGAAUUAGAAAUUGGCGGGCUAAUCAGGCUGCUAAGAAACCUAAAGGUGAUGGACAGGUAUCCGAGAACUCACUUCUUGGCUCAUCUUUGGUCCAGAAUUCCAUUUUGGUGGAUACGGUUACUGGUGUAGCUGCAAACACAAGCUUCCAAAAACCAUCGACAUCAUUUCCUGCACCGGUACCUCUGACCUCAGGAAGUAUUUCUGUUCCAGACAGUCACGCACCUGAAAAUUUGGCAAUAUUAGCUACAGGAAAGACAAGUACCUCAUACAGUUUGGCAUCACACCAGGAAUGGCCUCAGCAUCAAGAACAAACGAGGACAGAACAAAUAUACUCUCAGAAGCAGGAGACAUUACCUGCUAGCCAGUACAACAUGAACUUCCAGCCAGGGGCGUCCGUACAGUUGCACUCUGGAGUACAUCACAGACCUGACAAACUUGCUGAGCAUUCUACUGUCAAACAAGAAUAUUCUCAUAAGUCAGGAAACAAACACCAUGGACAAGUCGCCGCCCCUGUAAUCAUUCCUCAAAAAAUGUCUUUGGAUAAAUACAGAGAGAAGCGCAAACUGGAAACCCUGGAGCUGGAUGUGAGGGAACACUAUGUGGCGACCCCCGGCGAGCAGCAGCACAAGAAACACGUGCAAGCACAGGCAGCCGGCAGCGCCUCUGUUACCUCCCCCAUCAAGAUGAAGAUUCCUCUCGCAAAUGCCGACAAGCCCGAGAAGCACUUGUCUGAUAAGAAAGAAAAGGGCGGCUCGCUCAAACUCCGAAUACCCAUCCCACCCACGGAAAAGGGUGCCAGCAAGGAGGAGCUGAAGAUGAAAAUUAAAGUUUCUUCCUCAGAAAGGCACAGCUCAUCGGACGAGGGCAGUGGGAAAAGUAAACAUUCGAGUCCUCACGUUAGCAAAGAGCAUAAGGAAAAACACAAAGAACACUCUUUAAAUCGCCACCACAGCGUUGGUCAUAAGCACGCCCAUUCCCACGGUGGUGGCGGCAGUAAGCAUGGCGCUGACGGAGUAGCACCAACUGUUUUGAGGAGUCCUGUUGGCCUGAGUAGUGAUGGCAAUUCCUCUAGUUCCGGCUCUUCGAGAAAGAAGUUGCACAGCAACGAUGCUUCUCACAACCACCACUCCAAAAUGAGCAAAAGUUCCAAAAGUUCAGGUGGGCUACGGACAUCUCAGCACCCUCGUGAAACUGGACAAGAAACCAGUGGAGAACGGUCCUGAUGCCAAUCACCAGUACAGUACAAACAGCCAGCAUAUGGACUACAAAGAUACAUUCGACAUGCUGGAUUCGCUGUUAAGUGCCCAAGGAAUGAACAUGUAGUCAAUUCUUAGGUUGUUUUUCUUUACCUUUUUUAAUUUAAGAAUCGUUAGAACGGAAAACUUCCUAAUCUAGCAGUAGCAACACCACCAGGACUUUUUGUUGCAUAGUUUUUGAAUGAGUGUACUUGUUUUCUUGUGUAUUUAUACUGUAUGUAUGAUUUGCAUGUUUCGAAGAUAAAGGGAUUAAAAACAGUAUACUGA